CUGGCGGCCCGGGCAGCCUGGCUAUGCGGGUUCGCUGCGUGUGGGGGGCUGCCCGGUGUCUGUGCGGCCGCCCGGCCCUGGGCCCUCCCCGCCGGCCGGUCAGCGGCCGGGCCGCGGCGCUGGAGGAGCUGUUCUCCCCGGACGGGCCCCUGCGGUCCUUCCUGGAGCGCCAGGCCGGGGCUGGCUCCCCAGGGCUGGGCGGCAGGCCCCAGGUGGCGGCGGCCGCCCGGCUGCUGAGCGCCAAGGAGCGGGAGCUGCGGGAGACCGAGGCCCUGCUGCGCGAUGAGAAUGAAGACUUAAGGAAACUUGCCGAGAAUGAGAUAACUUUGUGUCAGAAAGAAAUACUGCAGCUCAAGCAGCAGAUCGUUGUACUUCUGGUUCCCUCAGAAGAAGCAGAUGAAAAUGACUUGAUCCUGGAAGUAACUGCAGGAGUUGGGGGUCAGGAAGCAAUGUUGUUUACUUCAGAGAUGUUUGAUAUGUAUCAGAAAUAUGCUGCGUUUAAAAGAUGGCAUUUUGAAACCCUCGACUAUUUCCCAAGUGAAAUAGGAGGCCUUAGGCACGCGUCCGCCAGCAUCGGAGGCCCAGCAGCCUACAGGCACCUGAAGUACGAGGGAGGGGUUCACCGAGUACAGAGAGUGCCGAAGACGGAGCGGCAGGGCCGCAUCCACACCAGCACGAUGACCGUGGCCAUUCUGCCCCAGCCCACCGAGAUUAACUUGGUGAUCAACCCUAAAGAUUUAAGGAUCGAUACAAAGCGAGCCAGCGGCGCUGGGGGCCAGCACGUGAAUACCACCGACAGUGCUGUGCGGAUUGUUCAUCUCCCUACAGGUAUUGCUUCUGAAUGCCAGCAAGAGAGAUCUCAACUGAAAAACAGAGAGAUGGCCAUGAAAAAGUUACGCGCGAAGCUCUACAGCCUGCGUCUGGAAGAAGAGACGAGUAAACGAUACAGUGCCCGGAAGGUCCAGGUUGGAACUAAAGGAAGAUCAGAGAAAAUAAGAACGUACAAUUUUCCACAGAAUCGAGUCACAGACCAUAGAAUAAACAAAUCAAUACAUGAGCUUGAAACUUUCAUGCAAGGAGAUGAUCAGCUGGAUGAACUGAUACAGUCGUUGAAAGACUAUGCUGAUUAUGAAUCUUUAUUAGAAAUUAUUUCCAAAAAAGCUUAAGUUGAUUUGUUACUAAUGCACCUAGGAAAGCGGCAGCAGAUGGUCCAAGUGGCUGGCCACCUGCUGCCCACACUGGAGACCCCGCU